GGGCCGGGGCCAGGAUCGGGCCGCGGACACAGCAGGAGCCACCCAAGCCCUCCCGUGUCCGGGCCCUGCUCCUGGGCGCCCUGCGGCCAAGCCCGGCUCACCCCGUGCCCAGGGGCAGCUCCCGGGAGCCGUGGCCGGGCAGCUUAGGGCUUAGUGCAGCCAGGCCCCCGGCUGCAGGGGGCUUAGGCUAAUCAGCCCGGCAAAUGCAUAAUGGAAUUAGAGCUGGGCAGGGCAAUCACUUACCCAGGCACCCAGCCGCAGCCUCUCUGGGUCGCUGGCUCGGAAGAGCCCCCUGUGCGAGCUGGGCUUUGAGUCUGCGGGGGGCUGGCCUGGGGCUUGCAGAGGGUGCCCGUGGGAAUGAUUGGCCCACAGCCAGACAACCCCUUUCCCAUGGCCAAAGCCCAGGAGCCUCCGGAGAUGUCUCAGGUGGGGAAGGAGGACACAGAGAUCCAGUGCGCCAACCAGCCAGCAUCAGCUGAACCAGCAGCGAGCCAAGCAGCCCAGGAGCUGGAGGGGAGCCCUUGUCUGGGACGGGUGGUCAAGUUCCUCCUGCCCCAUACUGUAGUCGAGGCCCCCCUGCCCCAGGAGGAGGAGCAACAAUUCUACCAGGGUCUGGAGCGCAUGCUGGGGCCAAAGCAAGGCCACUUCAGGGAGCUGUUCACUGCCACUGGCUGGGCAGAUAUCACAGAGGACAGAUUCCUGAGGAAGUUGCUGGUGAGAGAAGGCCAAGGAGAGGCCAGCAGACCCCAGCCAGGCCAGGAGGUGACUGUGAAGCUGCUGGGAGUCUUGGAGGAUGGCAGCCUGGUGGAGAAGGACCCAAAGCUGACUUUCAUCCUGGAGCAGGGGGAUGUCAUACAGGCUCUGGAACUCAGUGUCCAGUCCAUGCAGCUAGGAGAGGUGUCCUUCCUGCUCACCAGCUUCCUGUAUGCUUACGGUCACCUAGGCAGGGACCCUGAUAUCCCAUCAGAUGCCUCAUUACUGUAUGAGGUGACCCUGCUGCAGAUCCAGGACAGCCCCGAUCUGGGGCUCUUGCCACCCUCUGUGCGAAUCAGCGUCAGCAAGCAGAAGAGGGAGAGAGGGAACUUCCACUUUGAACGGGAGGAGUACCAGCGGGCCAUGCGAUCCUACCUGCUGGCCCUGGGCAUCCUGGACUCACCUGGUGCAGUCCCUCCAGGCCCCGAGGAGGAAGAGGAGCUGCAAGAGCAUCGAGUGAAAUGUCUUAAUAACUGUGCGGCUGCCCAGCUGAAGCUGCAGCUGUUUGAGGAGGUGCUGGCGUCAUGCAAUGCAGUGCUGCACAUCGACCCCGACAAUGUGAAGGCUCUCUACCGGAAAGGCAAGCUGCUGUCAGAACGAGGCGAGGACCAGGCAGCCAUGAAUAUCCUAAAGAGAGCCCUCCAGCUAGAGCCCACCACAAAGGCAAUCCAUGCUGAGCUCUCAAAGCUAGCGAAGAGUCAGAAAGGGCCGCCGGAACGCCCUGCCCCCACAGGUGUGGACAACCUGGUGCCGCCAGCAGCAUACCAGAGCGCAUGGAUGGACCCCAGUAGCCCACAGCUGUUUAAGGACACCAGCUGAGUUGCCUCCUGUCUUUUCCAGGUCAUCCCCUGGAAGCUGCUUUUUGGUGCUGUGGCUGUGGUUCUGGGCAGCACGGUGACCUCCAUCUUCCUGACAACACGGAGCUGAGACUAGCCAAGGACACAAGGGAUGCAGGGGGGUUACAGCCCCUCCCACAGCAAAGGGGGGGCCAGGUGCGAGCCCUGGGUUCUCCAGCACAGGACACAGGCCACGUUCCCAGUGAAGCCAGGACCAGCUGACAGGACUUUAGCAGUGACCUGUGUGUUUUUGUAAAUAAACUUAGCUGUUGUUUAGCCAGCGCCCUGCAGCCAGGCCUGA